AUGAAAGCAAAGGAGCCCCAAGAAACUCAGCUCACAGAUGAUAGAAAAUACGCGACUCGACGCGGGAGCAUAAUUGGAUCGGUACAGUCGCGGGCAAAAAUGCGGUCGGCUUUUUCGCCGCGUAUUUGGUGGCAUCAUAAUUUCUUGUCCGCCUCUCCGUUCUUACUGGCGAGUGGUUUUUUCCGCGGCGCGCACCGCGAUUCGCCGGACGAUAAUUCCGAGUCCUUCGGGCCGAGUGGAAGUUUAAGGUCGUAUGCGACCGCCGUCACCAAGACCGGGAGGCCGUAUGCGCAAGUCGGAGGCGAUACCCGUAAGACAUUCUCGUUCCGCGCGGCUCAUUGUUCCGUAAUGGGGUGUGAUGAGGCAUUUUUGCGGCGACUCGCUUGCAUACGCGUUCCGUGUGUAAAGCGAUACGAGCGGUAUUUGGAGCAAUCGCUCGCCCGCGCGACGCUAACAAGGCGCCUCCGCGCCCGCACGCCGAAUCGGACUCAU